GCCUCAGCCUCCCGAGUAGCUGGGACUACAGGUGCCCGCCACCACACCCAGCUAAUUUUUUUGUAUUUUUAGUAGAGAUGGGGUUUCACUAUGUUAGCCAGGAUGGUCUUGAUCUCCUGACCUCAUGAUUCGCCUGCCUCAGGCUCCCAAAGUGCUGGGAUUACAGGCAUGAGCCACCGCGACCGGCCUAUGUAUUUCUUUUUGUGUAUUGUCCUUAUAUAAUUUUGACAUGUUUGAUAAAUGGCAUUUGGCAUACAAGUAGAACUUGGUGGAGCUAAUCUGUAAAACCAUCUGGACCUUGGGCUUUUGGGAAGGAAAGUCUUGGAUUAGCAUUUAUGCAUUUAUAGUUCCUCUUUUUUUAAAGAGUUGGGGUUUUGCUCUGUUGUCCAGCCUAGAGUACAGUGGUGUGAUCAUAGCUCACUGCAGCCUUGAACUCCUGGGCUCAAGUGAUCCUUCCACUUGAGUUUCCCUAGUAGCUGGGACUAUAGGUGUGCGCCACCAUGCCCAGCUGUUUUUUCUUUCUUUGUAGAGUUGGGGUCUGUCAUGUUGCCCAGGCUAGUCUUAAACUUCUGGCCUCAAGCAGUCCUGCCUCAGCCUUCCAAAAUGCUGGGAUUAUAGGCAUGAGCCACCUUGCCUGGCAUUUCCUUUUGUUUUUAAUCUGUUAUAUUUGUAAUUGUGUCUCUUAUUCUCUGUUUUUUGGCAGCAUCUUCUCACUAUGUUGACCUUGAUUGGUUUUGUCAUGAGAUUGUCAGAUUCAUGUUUUCAAAUAAUUGGCUUUUGGUUUUGCCUUUUUUGGGGGGUUGGGUUGGAGGAUGUUUUUAUAUGUCUUUGUUCUCUAGCUCUCUGAAUCCUGCCCCAGAUUUAUUAUUUUCUUCCUUUUUAUUUAUGUGAAUUUGAUGUGUGUAGUGUUUGUUUGUUUUGCUUUUUUAAUUUUUUGAGACAGAGUUUCACUCUGUUGCCCAGGGUGGAGUGCAGUGGCUUACUGCAGCCUGGACUGCCUGGGUUCCAGCGAUCCUCCCACCAUGUUGGCCAGGCUGGUCUCGAACUCCUGACCUUCAGGUGAUCCACUUAACUUGGCCUCCCAAAGUGCUGGAAUUACAAGUGUGAGCCACCAUGCCUGGCCAUUCUCAACUUCUUGAACUUACUGUUUACCUCAUUUGUGUUUUAAAAUGAUCAUUUUUAGUAAAUGUAUCUAAAAGUAUAAAAUUUUUCUGGGUAUAGUGGCAUAUGCCUAUAAUCUCAGCUACUUAGGAGGCUGAGGCAGGAGGAUUGUUUGAGCCCAGGAGUUUGAGGCCAGCCUGGGCAACAUAGCGAGACCACAUAUCUGCAAAGAAUUUAAAAAUUAGCUGGGUGUGGUGUCACGCACCUGUAGUCCUAGCUACUCAGUAGGUUGAGCUGGGAGGAUUGGUCUAGGCUAUAGUGAGCUGUGAUGGUGCCACUGCACUCCAGCCUGAGUGCCAGAGCAAGACCAUAUCUCUAAAUAAGUAACAUUUUAUCUUUACUUACUGCUUGGGCUGCAUCCUAUAAAUUCUGACUCAUAAUAAAUACAGUUGCCAGUUAGUCAUUUAUUAUGUAGUUUCCAAGUAGCUAAUGGCAUCUAAGUACCAUUUUGUGGUGAGUUUCACACUGAGUUGCAUUUGCCUGGUCGCGUGUCCUGUGGUGGUGUUCUUUGGCAUGUCUGUGACUCAGUUUGUGGCUUGACCCAAGGCUGUUUCUUCGUUCCACAUGUACUUGGAGAGAAUAUGCAUUUUCUGUUGAGUGUGGAGUCCUGCCUGCAUCUGGGGGUUUGAGCUUAUUGGCGAUAGGCCUUUGGAAUCUCUGCCUGCCUUUUUCCUUCCAGUUGGGGGAACCCUGAAGGAAACUUCCAACCAGAGGCCUUGGCUGGCCUAUGGAUCAGCUGUUCAUCUCUGUACUGACCGGCACAAAGAGGGUAUGGUGGCAGGUGGCCCCAAGAAGGCAGGGUGCCAGCAGGAUUCCUGGUUUUCAAGCCUGAGCUGAUCUCCCGGCUGGAGCAGGGAGAAGAGCCGUGGGUCCUCGACCUGCAGGGAGCAGAGGGGACAGAGGCACCAAGGACCUCCAAGACAGAUUCUACGAUUAGGACGGAGAAUAAGCAGGUCUGUGAGGACAUGGACAUCCUAAAAUCAGAAUCCUAUGGGACAGUGGUCAGAAUCUCCCCACAGGACUUUCCUCAGAAUCCUGGCUUUGGAGACGUUUCUGAUUCUGAGGUCUGGUUAGACAGUCAUCUGGGCAGUCCUGGGCUGAAAGUGACAGGCUCUACCUUCCAGAAUAACUGUUUGAAUGAGGAGACUGUGGUUCCCAAGACCUUCACCAAGGACACAGCCCAGGGAUGUAAGGAGCUGGGAAGCAGCGGCCUGGAUUGUCAGCCUCUUGAAAGACAGAGAGAGAGUGCAGAAGGGAUGUCCCAGAGAUGCGAGGGGUGUGGCAAAGGCGUCAGAGCCACUUCAAACAUCGCUCUGCAUUGGGAAGUUAAUACACAGAAAAUUAGCACAUGUCAAGAAUGCCAAAAAAAGUUAUCUGACUGCUUGCAGGGGAAAUAUCCAAAUAACUGCCAUGGAGAGAAGCCGUACGAAUGUGCAGAGUGUGGGAAAGUCUUCAGGCUCUGCUCACAGCUUAAUCAGCAUCAGCGAAUCCACACAGGAGAGAAACCCUUUAAAUGCACUGAGUGUGGAAAAGCCUUCCGCCUGAGCUCAAAACUUAUUCAGCAUCAAAGAAUCCACACUGGGGAGAAGCCCUACAGAUGUGAGGAAUGUGGAAAAGCUUUUGGUCAGAGCUCAAGCCUCAUCCACCAUCAGAGAAUCCACACAGGAGAGAGGCCCUAUGGUUGUCGUGAGUGUGGGAAAGCCUUCAGCCAGCAGUCGCAGCUGGUUAGACACCAGAGAACUCACACUGGGGAGAGGCCCUACCCUUGCAAGGAGUGUGGGAAGGCCUUCAGCCAGAGCUCCACCCUAGCCCAGCAUCAAAGGAUGCAUACUGGGGAGAAAGCUCAAAUUCUAAAAGCCUCAGACAGUCCAAGCCUUGUUGCACAUCAGAGAAUUCACGCUGUAGAGAAACCAUUUAAGUGUGAUGAAUGUGGGAAAGCUUUUAGGUGGAUCUCUCGCCUGAGUCAGCAUCAGCUGAUUCACACUGGAGAGAAGCCUUAUAAAUGCAACAAGUGUACAAAAGCCUUUGGUUGUAGUUCACGGCUUAUUCGCCAUCAGAGAACUCACACUGGAGAAAAACCAUUUAAGUGUGAUGAGUGUGGUAAAGGCUUUGUUCAGGGCUCACACCUUAUUCAGCAUCAGCGAAUCCACACUGGAGAGAAACCCUAUGUGUGUAAUGACUGUGGAAAAGCCUUCAGUCAGAGUUCCAGCCUUAUUUACCAUCAGAGAAUCCAUAAAGGAGAGAAGCCGUAUGAAUGCCUCCAAUGCGGAAAAGCCUUCAGCAUGAGCACACAGCUUACAAUACAUCAAAGGGUUCACACCGGAGAGAGGCCCUAUAAAUGUAAUGAAUGUGGGAAAGCCUUCAGUCAAAACUCAACCCUUUUCCAACACCAGAUAAUUCAUGCAGGAGUGAAGCCCUAUGAGUGCAGUGAGUGUGGAAAAGCCUUCAGCCGGAGCUCAUAUCUUAUUGAACACCAGAGAAUACACACUAGAGCCCAGUGGUUUUACGAAUAUGGGAAUGCCCUGGAAGGGUCCACCUUUGUGAGCCGUAAAAAGGUUAAUACUAUAAAGAAACUGCAUCAGUGUGAAGACUGUGAGAAAGUAUUUAGGUGGCGUUCACAUCUAAUUAUACACCAGAGAAUUCACACCGGGGAGAAGCCUUAUAAAUGCAAUGACUGUGGCAAAGCUUUUAAUCGGAGCUCAAGGCUUACCCAGCAUCAAAAAAUUCACACAGGAUAGACCACGUAUAUAUAAAUGUGUAUAUAUGUGAAUAAACCUACAGCCUUACUUAUUUUAUAUGGGAUCAUUUAUACUGACAAACGUAGAAUGUUGGUAAAGGUUCGGAAUUGCUCUCAAGAAUAUCCAACUUCCGGCCGGGUGUGGUGGCUCACGCCUGUCAUCCCAGCACUUUGGGAGGCCGAGGCAGGCGGAUCACGAGGUCAAGAGGUCAAGACCAUCCUGGGUAACAGGUGAAACCCCGUCUCUACUAAAAAUACAAAAAUUUAGCUGGGCGUCGUGGCAGGCACCUCUGGUCCCAGACACUUGGGAGGCUGAGGCAGGAGAAUGGCGUCAGCCCAGGAGGCGGAGCUUGCAGUGAGCUGAGUUCGUGCCACUGCACUCCAGCCUGGGCAAUAGGGUAAGACUCCGUCUCAAAAAAAAAAAAAAAGGAUAUCCAACUUUAUACAAAAUGUAUGUUUAUUUCCUGAAAUGUUUGACCUUAACCUGUUCAAUAAAGCCUGUGUCCCUCAAAA